UGGCACAGGCAGUGAGCACUCAAGCUGAUCUUGUUAAUGUCUUUGCAAAGUUAAUGACUCUCUUAACUAGAGAAGAAACUCAAGAGAGACCGUCACUGUGGAUACAGUAACACUCACACAACCCAAACAAACCCUACUGAAACUCAAACCAUUGCGACUAUACAUCUCAUCUAAAGUGUAAAGUACAUUUACAGUAGUCGAGUGUUUAUGUUUAUUUAGACUUUUUGAUGUUGUUGAGAUGUUGCAUUCACGCGCGUGAGGAAUGUGGCGCCAUCGUGCGGAGAAGUUCAGCGUUUCCAACGUCAGAUAUUUCUCCAGACACAAAGGAGAGGUGAACUGCUGCGCGUUCUCUCCUGACUGUCGGACUUUGCUCACCUGUUGUGAUGAUGGCAGAUUGUAUCUGUGGGACGCAAAGAGCGCCAAACUCAUGAAAACUGUUAGUGGACACACAGGUCCAGUGAAAUGCUGCGUUUUCUCCACUGAUGGUCAGCUGUUUGCGAGUGCGUCUCAUGACUGUACUGUCCGACUCUGGCGCAGUGUGAGUGCAGAAUGUGUUCGUGUGAUGUCAGCUCACAGUCGCAGUGUAGAUACAGUGAGCUUCAGUCCAGACGGCCUGUGGUUGGUGUCAGGUGGAUGGGACACCAGGGCACUGAUCUGGAGUAUUCAGUCUGGUGAAAAGGUUCAGGAGUUGCGGGGUCACACUGCAGCUGUCCAGAGCAGUGCAUUCUCAUCAGAUUCACAAUGGGUGGCCACAGGUUCGUGGGAUCACUCAGUAAGAGUGUGGGGACUACAUGACGAUAAAGAGGUUGUGAUAUUACACGGUCACCUGGGAAAUGUGGCCUGUCUCUGUUUUUCAGUCACUGGGAUGCUGGCCUCAGGUUCAUGGGAUGGAACGGUGCGUGUGUGGUUGCCGCAGCAACAGACGUGUCUGUAUGUUUUGGGAGGGCGUGAGCGUGUAUGGGUCAGGAGUCUGGCUUACUCCAGAGACGGGCUGGCUUUAGCAUCCACCGCUGAGGGUGACAUGGUGAGGAUCUGGGAUAUGGCUAAUGGAAACUGUCUAAAGUUGUUACAGGGUCAUAAGGACUCCGCAUACGGGUGUGCGUUCACCCCUGAUGGAGAACUUCUGACCAGUGGUUCUGACCAGCUGGACAUACAUGAGGAACAGAAGAACAUAAUGGAGAUAAGCAAGAAAUGAAUGAGAUAAAAGACUGGCUUUCAGCCAAGCUGAAUAAAAAAAUAACAACUGUACAUAGUUUUACUACUUAAUAGUUGAGUUAUAGACCCAUGAUCUACACAGACUCCAUGAAUGUUAAAAUUGUGUAGAGAUUCAUAAGAUGUGUUAUAAUUGCUACUGGACUGUACUGUUCAGUCUGUAUGAAAUGUGAU